AAUAGUUUAGGUUUAAUACUUCUCUGGGCCUGAGUGACCUACAUUUGGGGUCUGUGGCGCAGAAGGGGUUAAGUGGUCUGCGUAAAGUCGCUCGGUUCCACGACCUGUGGGCGUGGCGGAGCGCGUGCCAGCGCAAAAGUGGGAUGUUUGUAACUUCAUACGGCGGCACCGCGUGCAUUGACAGGGGGCCGCUUGUGCGUCGAGCUCAGAAUAAGCGCAUUUUUAUUACUUCAACUAUGUCCCGGAUAUUAAACCUAAUCAAAGUGAAGCUGCGCAGCGACCCAGGCACGUACCGAGGGUUCGCGCAGCUUCCACUGAGGACCAUCUGCUGCACUGCCAGAAGACAAACCGACGACAGUGAUGCGUCCUCAGUUUUGGGGAAGCGGUGGAAGGAGACGGCGGAGACGGUGAUCAUCGGUGGAGGAUGCGUGGGCGUCAGCGUGGCCUAUCACCUGGCCAAAGGCGGCAUGAAGGACGUGGUGCUGCUGGAGAAGUCCGAGCUGACGGCUGGGUCCACCUGGCACGCUGCGGGUUUGACGACCUAUUAUCACCCAGGCAUCAACCUCAAGAAGGUUCACUACGACAGCAUCAAACUGUACGAGACGCUGGAGGCUGAAACCGGACAGGCCGUAGGCUUCCAUCAGCCGGGCAGCGUUCGGAUCGCUUCCACGGCGGCUCGCGUGGACGAGAUGAGGUACCAGAUGACCCGCACGCACUGGCACGCCACGGAGCAGUACCUCAUCGGACCCGAGGAGGUGCAGGAGCUGUUCCCUCUGGUCAACGUGGACAAGGUGCUGGCGGGUCUCUACACCCCCGGGGACGGACACAUCGACCCGUAUUCCCUGACUAUGGCGCUGGCGGCCGGGGCUCGCAUGCACGGGGCCCAGAUCUACAACCCGGCACCGGUCACCUCCCUCACCCCAACGGCCGACGGCGGGUGGGACGUGCAGACGCCGCACGGAACCAUCCGCGCGAAUCGCAUCGUGAACACGGCAGGUUUCUGGGCCCGGGAGGUCGGCCAGAUGAUUGGGUUUGAACACCCCACCAUCCCAGUGCAUCACCAGUAUGUAGUCACGGCAACGGUGCCAGAGGUGAAGGCCCUGAAGAAGGAGCUGGCUGUCAUCCGGGACCUGGAGGGGUCCUAUUACCUCCGUCAGGAACGGGACGGCCUGCUGUUCGGCCCGUAUGAAAAGAUGGAGAAGAUGGUGCUGCAGGACUCCUGGGUCAGAGACGGAGUUCCUCCAGGUUUUGGUAAGGAGCUGUUUGAGUCGGACCUGGACAGGAUAAUGGAGCACGUAGAGAUGGCCAUGGACAUGGUCCCUGUGCUGAAGAAGGCCGACAUCAUCAACAUCGUGUGUGGUCCCAUCACCUACACCCCCGACCUGCUGCCAAUGGUGGGACCGCACCAGGGCGCUCGCAACUACUGGACCGCGAUUGGCUUUGGGUACGGAGUCAUUCAUGCCGGCGGCAUCGGGAGGUUCCUGAGUGACUGGAUUCGGAACGGGGAGCCGCCGUACGACCUCAUCGAGUGCGACCCCAACCGCUACGGCGCGUGGACGGACGUUCCCUUCGCGUGCGCCAAGGCCCGCGAGUCGUACGGCUUCAACAACGUGGUUGGGUACCCCAAGGAGGAGCGCUUCGCCGGCCGGCCGACCGCCCGCGCCCGCGGCCUCCACCAGCUGCUGAGGGACAGAGCCUCCAUGGGCUUCCACGCCGGCUGGGAACAACCUCACUGGUUCUACAAACCUGGAGACGACAUCGGGUACAAGCCCAGUUUCCGACGGACAAACUGGUUCGAACCAGUCGGCAGAGAGUGCAGGCUGGUGAUGGAGAAGGUGGGAGUGAUCGACCUGACGCCUUUUGGGAAGUUCAUAGUGAAGGGGAGGGACUCCCACAAGCUGCUGGACCGGCUGUUUGCCAACACCCUGCCCAAGGUGGGCCGGACUAAUAUAAGCCACAUGUUGACACCCAGUGGGCGAGUCUACGCCGAGGUCACCGUCACUCAGCUGACACCAGGGGAGUUCAUGCUCAUCACGGGCUCAGGGUCAGAGCUACAUGACCUCAGGUGGAUAGAGACGGAAGCUGCGGAGGGGGGAUACGACGUCGGCAUCAGUAACGUAACGGAUGACGUCGGCGUGCUGGGCAUCGCUGGACCAAACUCCCGCCGGGUUCUUCAGAAGCUGACGGACGACGAUCUGAGUGAAUCCGGAUUCAAAUUCCUCCACUGCAAGACCGUGAAGCUGGCUGGAACCACUGUCCGGGCCAUCAGGAUCUCCUACACUGGUGAGCUCGGCUGGGAGCUGUACAUGGACCAGAGGGACAUGGCAGCUGUGUACAAGGCUAUGAUGGAAGCAGGAAAGGACGAGGGCAUUGAUGACUUCGGCACAUACGCCAUGUCUUCCCUCCGACUGGAGAAAGGCUUCAGAGGCUGGGGAGCGGAGAUGAACUGUGACACCAAUCCUCUGGAAGCUGGAUUGGAUUAUUUCAUCAAACUGAACAAGCCUGCUGACUUUAUUGGCAAAGCAGCUCUUCAGGAAAUCAAAGCCAAAGGUCUGAGGAGGAAGCUGUCCUACAUCUCAGUGGAUACAGACAACAUUGACCCUGAAGGCAACGAGACCGUCUGGCACAAUGGAGAGGUGGUCGGCAACACGACGUCUGGCGCCUACAGCUACAGCAGCCGGCGGAGCCUGGCGUUUGCCUACCUGCCUGUGGAGCUGUGCUCUGUGGGCCAGAAGGUGGAGGUGGAGCUGCUGGGGAGGAAGUACCCCGCCUCGGUCAUCCAAGAGCCGCUGGUCCUCACGGAGCCCACGCGGACCCGGCUGCAGAGGAAGGCAGAGGGCAAAGCAUGAGACACACGCAAUGGGUUUGGCACCAGAUGAUGAAAAAUGAUGCCGUGACUUAUAGGCGAGAGUCUGACCAUGAUGAAGGCUGAAAAGAGACAAGUAAUGUAUAAUUGAGUAUGAUAAAGAAGGCGACUCAUUAAUUUGUGAAGGAAGUUUUAAACAAAGUUAGUGAGAAAUAAGAAUAAUAAUGUUGCUGCACUGCACUCAUUAACAUUUUCUAAUUUAAUGGUUGAUUACUGAUUUUUUUGUCUGAAGAGCAAUUUGUACAAAGCUUAUUUCAUAAAUCAGUUUUUUACCAACUUAUAAAUAAACUUGUGUAUAUUGUGAAAAUGUCCUGUGAAAAUGAAAAUAGACAGCAAUGCGUUG